CUGACAGGAGGAAGUACCUCUUCACAAGGACUUCCUUCCGCUGCCCAAGCUGCGAGGUAUCUGGGACCUGGCCAUGUGAAAAAAUACAGCACUAUGUAGACCUCAGUGCUUAGUACCCAUCCAUUCAGGUGCCACUGGUGUUUAACUGUUUUUUCCCCUCUCUUUCUGAGUUGGAACAACAUGGCUGCUGAGAUUGCGCAGAAAGAAUGAAGAGUUAAUAAAAAUUCUGCAUUUUUCUCUCUCUCUCUCUCUGGAUUUCUGAAGGAUCCGGAUUGUGUUUUUUUGGAUUCUACCACCAACUCCCUCCUCCCCCCACCUCCCUGUCUUUUCCCUCUCUCUCUCUGUCACACACACAUUCCCUGUGGAACAGAUAAAGAAGACCUAGGAAGCAGAAAAUGACUGCAGGGAAACAGAAAGGGAUCAGCUGCUCGUUUCAGCCCCCGACAUUGUUCAUUUCAGAAUCUAAUGUGUUUUAAGAGUAGGAGGGGGAGAGGAUUGUGUGAUGGGAGAAAUCUUGUUUAGAACUGCAGGGAGACAACAUCCAAUGGACCAGUGACACAAGUUAAAAGGCCAUGCAGUCCUUCCGAGAUCCUGGGGCUUUCCAAAGCAACCAGCAAACCUUCCAGCAAGUCCGGGCUGACUCAUCUCGGUUAGACAGCUAUAGGCAACAGAACCCGGUCGCUCAAAGCUACGAGGCCCAUGGGAUCACAUCAAAGGAGUAUUACAACCAGCAGUCUUACCAAGGCUACGGCAGCAACACCGCGGGCACUUAUUACAGUGGCGUGAAACAAGCGUCUGCUCAGCAGCCGCAGGCUCGGGCUCUGAGCGCGGCAUCAAGCUACCAGAGUGGAGCAUACUCGAGGCAGUAUCAGAACGAAGGCCAAACUCCGAAAUGGGGUUCCCAAGGCUCUUCAGUGGGCGGGCUCUCUCAGUACGGCCAGGACUCUGCCUUUAAAAGCUCUGCCCCCUCCACGGCUGCUGCCUACCAACAGCAGCACAUGCAAGGCAACACCGGCAGGACCCCCCCUGCUCUGUCCACCCAACAGAGCCACUUCAUGCACCAGGCCCACCACAAGUCCAUCAUGGGCCAGGCCUCCCCUUACAUUGCCAGGCCAGCCCAAUUCAACCAGACCUUUCAGUCCUCUCCCAGCUCCUAUCCCACCGUCCAGGAUUACAGCCAACCCUCCCGGUCGUAUGAGGGCUAUGGCCAAGUGCCGGCAAGUUCCCAGUAUGAGAGGCAGAGUGCAGCCACACCGGACUUCCCCAGCCAGGCUGGCUACGCUUACAAAGCUGGCAUGGCCAAGAGUGGGGGCUAUGAGCAGAACAAGGCCGCUCAGGUCAAACAGCAUAGCCUCCAAUAUCACAACCAAGCAAAGUUGCACCUUCUCAAUCAGUCACCUCAAGUGUACUAUCAGCCAGAUGCUCCGGUCAAAUCUCCCGAGCAGUUCUAUCAAACCUUCAGCCCCACCUCGAGUCACUCUCCCGUCUCCACGGUGGUAAGAUCACCUUCAUAUAGCUCAACUCCCUCCCCAUUAAUGGCCACUCCUGAGUCCCUGCAAUACGGCCAGGCCACCGAAGCUGACAUCAAGUCCAAUGUUUCUCAUCUGAUGGCCCCCGCUGUCACUUGUACCACACAGAGUUCCAGCAAGACCCCAGGGCCAAGUUGCAAGGAAAAGCUUCCGGAGAAGUUACUGUCGGAUGGAGCUUUCAGCAGCCUCAUUGCCCUGAGCUCUCAGGUGGAAAACAUUCCCAGGACUGUGCAGCAGCUCUUACUUUCAAACACCCUCGCCCCUCACAGGAAAAUGGGCAAACGCCUGCCGAAAAAGUCGGAAAUCCUAAAGGAGCUGAAGAGCUCCGAAGAGAGCCUGUAUUCUGAAGAAGCCCUGGGCACACCUCAGUCAGUGCAAGCUGAGCUGCAGGAGGGGGAGUAUUCCAGCAGCUCCGAGGAGCAGCUGGACAAAAUGCCCUUCUUCCAAGGCCACUGCAGGAACUCUGCUAACCUGGACGCUUUGAGGAAGAAUCUGGAUACCAUCCUGUCCUGCUCGGUUGCCUCAUCUAAUGACAUGGCCACAGACUCUAAGCUGGACAACUCUGCCCAGAGUAGCGAAGCUUGCCUAGCAUCGGCAGACUUUGAGAAGUUGGCUGCCGAUAGACAAGCUCUCCUGUUCACCAAGGAGGAUAUGAAAUCGUCCAGUGUUAUCAUUCUAAAGGACUCUUCCAAGGAGAGGCUGGAGACAGAACUGAAGUUUAACCAUUUUGGAGGGGACAAGGAAAGUAAAGGGACACAUUUCAACCUGUACAGCGCUGAGAACUUUGCAGGCCACUUAAUCCGUGCCAAACGUCCCGGCCAAGGCCAGGCCCUUGUCUCCGAUUGCAACAAGAGCACAGUGAAGAGUGACUGCUCAAUGCUGACAGAGGGUUUUGGUGACGUCUCUUACAGCGAAUCCCAGGCUUUUCCACACACCAUAGAGUGCCCCAACACAAUCCAGCCUUUAGCAGGCGAUUACAGAGAGAGCCUGGUGUCUAACAGCAACCAUGAGUGCUACUCCUCACAGAUUCCCGGAGCCCCUCAGGAUUUGGAGAAGAUGAAGUCACUCGAUUUGCCCGAUCCGAAAGGGAAAGAGACCCCUCUGGGGUGGGAGGAGCUCGAUGCCAACUUGUCACAGUGUGACCUUCAGAAGAAAUACCUUCAGAAACUCCAGGCCAACUACAAACAGGAACCGAGAACGUUACAGAAGGAUUCGGCUCCUGUACACUUGGUCCAAGAGAGGGAAGACCAGAGAGAAGGGAACGAGGAGGAGAAGCCAGAGAAUGGUGGGAGCAGCAACUCUGAGCUAAGACUGCCCACCAUUGAGCAGAUUGAGAGCACACGGAUGAAGGUGGAAGAAGAUGAGGAGCUCGCAGUGGAAUCGAAAGGAAGUGCGGUUUUACAGGAUAUAAGGAAAUCUGUUAUUUGUGAUGUGUCCCCCACACGUCAGAGUGUUAAGGAACUGGUCCCUGCACAUUCCGAAGGGGAAUGUAGCUGCUCAGAGGACAAGCUGAACAGCACCGAGAGAGAACAGGAUAGAGCAGCUUCCAGUCCCACCCCUCGCUUACUGCCACACUCCGUUAUCCACGUGGGACCUGCAAUAGGUGCCGAGCCCAAGGUCGGACAAGGGGACCUUUCAGGAGCCGAGAUGAAGCCGGAUGGUGAAAGUGGCAAGCGCAAAGACACUGAGGAGGGCAUGGUCCCCGAACCACAGGCAGUCCCCCAGCCUCUGGGUUUCCCAACACUUCCGUCCGAGGUAAUCAGCUCGGCGCUGACCGAAAUAGAGAAUGCUCCCACGAAGGUGCCGGAGAGCAAAGGGCUGAGAGUCCGGAGAAUGUCGUCCAGACCGGGGCAAGGAGCAGCUUUUAGGGGCAAAGAUCACUCCCCGCCCGAACCAGCAGAGAAUAUCCAGCCCGUCAAGGUAGCGCCAGCCGGCAAACUGAAAUGUUUAGGGUCACAGCGAGAGCGAGCUAAAAACAGAGGGUCCCAAGAAGGUCUCAGUGUCUCCGAGCCGACUCGGAUGUGCACUCGCUCUUCCAGUGCUUUACUGGAGCCCGAGCUGAGUGUCCAGUCCCGGGCUCUCUUGAGGAAGGGGAUGGUCAGUCAGAGGGACGAUGGUCUGAGGGAAAUGGGCUGCAGCUCACGGCACAGGGUGAACUCUGACUCAGACAAGUGUUUGAUCCAAAGACAAGGAGGUUCCAAUCCAAAUUUGAGAGCACACCUGACCAGACCCAGCAGCAUGUUGAACAAACCCAGUUACGGUCUUCAUCCAGAGCAACAGAUAAAGAGCCAAGAGCGCUUGAGCCAAGAAGCUAGUUCAUAUAAAUCGGUCGUACUGAGAGCCAGAACUAGGGCCCAGGGAAUGGUUUUGCAAAAAGAUGUCAAACAACGCAAGAGCUGUAAUCUUGUCCCCAGUCGAUGCUUGACCACCAGAAAUAGUUCUUCAGUGCCCAAACCUCAAAGACAACUGACCCCCAGACAAGAGGCGCUGGACUAUGUAUCAGAGGAGAUGACAGGUGAAAGAUUAAAAGCACGAAAUUCAGCUUUAAGGCUAGGGGGGCAGGAAGACCAAAGAUGUCCCUUAACACACCCUUUGAAAAGAAAAGGUUACUGCUCCCUUUCACUGAUCCCGGCUAAACGGCAGCAUCAAAUGUUGAAGGCCAACGACAUGAGGACAGAGAAACCAAAACCAUUGGCCAGCCCAUGUCCAUCAGAGAGCAGUCACCCAACAGCUCAGUUUGAGAUGGCCGAACCCGUCCAAGGAGAGAGCAGUGAAGGGACAACUGAACGUUGUCUCAGUAAAGAGCUAACAGCCACUGAUGGCAGUGCUCAGCCUGUUCUCUCCCUCAAGACCCCUCCGAAGACAAAGAUUCUUCCACCUCGCAAAGGUAGAGGCCUAAAACUGGAGGCAAUUGUGCAGAAGAUCACUUCCCCAAACUCCAAAUCAUUCGCCUGCAGCAACUAUUCAGAUAGUAACGUGACAUGUUUGACCCUGGACGAGAUCCUGUCCCUGAAAGAAGAGAAACUCGCUGAGAACUCCAGCAGUGAGGUAGAACAGGCACUGAUUGAGCAAAGCAAAGUGACGGCCAAAGAUGCUUCUUCAAAGAUUGCCCUGGUAGAGUUGAAUAAAAAAUGCCUCAUCGCAUCCAAGAGACUCAAAGAGGAAACAGAGUCACAAACUGAGGAGAACAGCAGUAGUCAAGUGAAGGCUGAUGGAAAUCUAUCUGUAGGGCCAGAAUGUGUGGAGGCAGAGGACAGGCAAAGUGGGAAGCUUUCUCCAAAGGAUAGAAUCACGGAAGAGAAAGAGGGGAAACAGCUUACCUCCCCUUCUUCUAUUUUGUCUUCUGUUUCAGAUCCAGGUCCCAAUGAAGAGGUGGAGCACCCUCGGGGUGUCAUGGAGCUGAAGAGGCAAGCCCCCCCUCCAAAGAGGCGCAGUCACCAGGCAGCAAGUCAAAAGGUCAAACAAGCCAAGAGUAAUUCUAAACCCAGAAGGCCUGCUGGACGAGGUGGCAGAAGAAGAAGAAAGCACCUUAAAGGGAGCAAGAGUACAAAAGCUGCUCACAGGCGAAAAAGUCAACUGAAGAGAAGAAACCUCCCCCUUGUGGAAACCAAAGAACCAGUGAUACGAUUAAAAUACGUGUCAUAUAAGAUGCCAAGAGCAGAGAACAAUGCCAAGAGCUUUUCUCCUUAUAUUCGUGUUGAGAAGAGCAAUGAGGUAUCAUCUAUCUGUACAGUCAUUAACACCUUACCAGAGGAACAGUCAAGGUUCCAAAAAAUGAAGAAAAAAUCUUCAUUCUCACAGCCCCCUGUAUCAGUUAGCAAGACAUUGCCAACAUCUUCAGCUAUGUUACCAGGGCCUGUGGUGCUAGAUUCCGUCAGGCAAGGCUGCCUGGUCUGUUGCUUAUGUGGAAGACCCAAGAAUCACAAGGAGCUCGGAGACCUCUUUGGACCCUACUACCCAGAGGAUUAUAUACCACCCAUCACAAAGAACCAGCAUGUCAAGGGGAAGUUGGAGAUAAAGAGUGAAAUCAAAGAGAGGCGAGAUGGGGUUUCCGCGGAAUCAAAGGGAGCUGACUCGGACAAUGAGAGCACUGUCAGUAUUACAGCCGAGGUCCCACCAAGUUUGGAGAAGGCUCCAUUCAGUCUGGAGAAGGCAACCGAGGUGGAAGAUCAGAAUCCGCUUAGGACUAGCUCAAGAGAAAAGUGCAAAAAGCUGAGUUGCUACUGCUGUGAGAAAACGGCCGAAGAUACGGAGCCGAAGAAAAUGAAGAAGAAGCCGGGCUUGGAGGAGGAGCUGCAGGCCCCUGAGCUGCCCCUUGACCCCCACGAGCACUGGUUACACGGAGCCUGUGCUGUGUGGACCAGCGGAGUGUACCUGGCUGCUGGGAAGCUGUACGGUUUGCAGGAGGCUGUGGAGAUGGCCAGUGAGAUGAAAUGUUCCACGUGCGAGCAGGUGGGUGCCACUCUGGGCUGCUACACCAAGGGGUGCAAUCAGAAAUAUCAUUAUAUCUGUGCCAUUGAGUCAGGCUGCCAAUUAAGUGAAGAGAAUUUUUCAAUGAAAUGUACAAAACAUAAGAGCAUAUUGUCUAAAACACUAUAACAGCAGGAAAGUUCCACUGUGCCAAGCAACAGUAACACGUAAGGUGUUAAAUACAGACUGCAAACCGAGAACAGUCAAUGAAUGUAUUGUAAAAUAGUGCAGUAAAAGGAAUGGAAAGAUACCAAGAUAUCUGGAAAACGAUGAGGACACCAACAGAUUGACUCUGUUCCAGUCAAUGUAUUUUCUCCCCCAUCGUAUCCUUGCUGCAUUUUUUUCCUGGGGGCUGGUUUGGUGGGGGGGGGUGGGUAAAUAUUAAUAGGUUCUGCGUUUUUUCUGAACUGCAAGACGCCUGUGUAAACACUGAUAAUUUAAGAAGCUCCAAACCAUCAAUUGUCUUAAUGUUGCUGUGUAGAUAAUCUUUCGAAGUGGGAAAUUGUGGUGUUUUGCAAGGGGCUGUAAGAGGACAGGGGAAUGAUACCAACCUGCAGUCUGUUAAUACAUGAUAAAUGAAAACUUUACAGAUGAGGACAGUCUAAUUUGUUAAAAUAGCUACCAAAAUAUGUUUUAAAACAACAAAAAAAACACAGCUGAUUGCCUUGUCAUGGUUUUUUUUUUCCAAGUUUUGUUCCACCAAUUUUAUACAGUAGAAAAACGGGGAUACACCUGUGUCUUCAAAGUACUGCAGGAGAUUGACUGCAGCAGUGAGUUUUCCCUUUAUCACACUUGGCAGUAUUUAAUUAUUUUGAGUUUGCAAAAUUAAUUUUUUGUAGUUUUUUAAAAACACAAGAUAAGGUGGCCAUCAGGUAUCACCAUGGAGAGUGUCAAUCAUCAACUCGAAAUGUAAGGAGGAAUUAUGUUUCCUGUAAUUAUCAGUACACCCAAGUGUUAUAAAGAUGAUUAUUGAAAAUUAAUGGAACUGAAGAUGCCUAGGUAGUCUGAUAUCUAUUGGGAAGGGACCCACAACUUUAAAGCUCCUUUCAAUGUGUAAUGUAAUGUAAUGUAUAUGUACCUGUAAUGCAAUGCCACUUUUUAGGAAUAAAAAGCUGCAGAAAGCAAC